CUGCACACUUGAGUUUGCAACUUUGCACAAGACAACGAGAGCGUGGCAAUUAAAGGGGUAUUAAAGGCGGAAGGUGCUUCAGAGUUACCAGUGCUCACGUUUUUCAGUUACUGGACGGAGCCACUAAGGGGCAAUGUCUGAAAACAGCAACAGUGCCAAUGGCAACAGCUGGACUCUUCUUACCCCAGAGGUAAAGGUGUCUGGAGUUGAGAAUGUUGGUCCAGUAGCUGAAGGUCUUAAGAUCGAGGAGCAGCUCUCAAAAGCACCUGAGGCCUCACCGGAGACCCACAGUCACCUAGAGAAGCACUCCUCUGAAGCAUCUGCUCACCAGCCGACAGAGACAUCCACACAGUUGCAGUCUGACCCAGCUCUCACCCAUGGGUCAGAGCCUCCAGAGCUAUCUCAGGUAACGUCUCCAGAGACGAGUGAGGGUCGGGCCCAGCUGAAUGCAGCACAUGUCAGUGAAGAGCCCAGCUCUGUCAGUGCCACUGCUGAGGACGUCAGCUCCUGGACCCCUGACCAUGGGGAUCAAGGCCACUCAGAGAGCCCAGUUUCUCCCAGCACUGAUGUCGAAUCAUUCUCUGACUCAUACACUCACAUAAGUCCUACCUCUGGAUCAAGUCCACUUCCUGCUUCAGUUUGUCAGGAAAUAGACUGGUUUAAAUCAGACGAGGAUUCUCUGAGAAAAACCAUAACUGAAGAGUCUAAAGAAGUGUUGGAAACGGAUGGAAAGGAGGGGGAUGGUUUACGAAAGAGAAAAAUCUCCCACCUGGGCUCUUUGGACAAGACAGAAGCAGAAGAUGAUGAAGAGGGGGAGGAGGAAGAUUUUCAACCACCUCCGAGAGAACAGGAAACAGUCUUUUCUUUGAACAAGUGCAUCCUUGCAGCUGUCAUUCUUCUAGGGCUAGGAACCAUUUUCUUCUCUGGUAUGCUCGUGGACCCAGAUGGUGAAGCAGACAUGGAUGUUAGAGAGUUGAAAGAUCCAACAAAUCAGGAGUGGCUGAAUCCUGAGGUCUCCAAAGACACGCCUGUUGGUCUUCAGCCUCCAGAUAUUUUAAGCAAACAGGCAAAGGAAGAUCAGCAAAUAUUGGUACUACAGGCACAGCUUCAGCAACACCAAGGUGAACUGAAAGAAGCACAGUUUCGGACAGAGGAGGGAGAGAAAGAGCGUGUGAGGAGAGAAGAGCUGGAGAAGGAGUACGAGAGAAUAAAAGGAGAACUAGAUAGAGUACCUGCUCUUCAGAAGGAGCUAGAGCAAGAGAACGAGAGAAUGAAAGAAGAAAGUGCGAGAGCAAAGAAAGAGCUGGAGGCCAUUCCAUUACUACAGAGAGAACUGGAGCAUCUGAAAGCUAAAGUUUCACAGCUCACACAGAGCACAGGAAGAGCAGAAUCUCUGCAUCCAAGUGCAGCCUCUCGGAUGCCCUCUGCUGGAGACAAAAGUGAUGUACCACCGAUUGAAAGACAAGACAUGAAGCCCAGGAAGACUCGGGGCAAAAAGAGUGAGGAGAAGGAACAAAGCAAGGGAGACAAAGAAUGGAAAAAAAAGAAAAGUGAAAAAAAGGAAGAUGACAAGGAAAGGAGGGAGAGAGUGACUGAGGGAGAGCAUACUAAGGAACCGAAAGAGUGGAAAAAAUAUAAAAGCCACCAAGAGGCAGGUAAAGCAGGGAAGAGAAAAGAGUGGAAAAAGGACAACAAACGAGAUGAUGGUAAAAUGGGGAAAGAAAGUAAAAACAAGAAAGAUUUUAAUGAGUGGGAGGAAAAAAAAGAAUUGAAGGAAGAUAAAAAGCAGAAGAAAGACAAACAUGUAGGACAGGAUGAGAAGAGGGGAGACAAAAAGGACUGGAAGGAUACUGGGAACAAGAAAGUGAAAGAGGAAAAAGAAAGGAAGCAGAGAGGGGAGCGGAAAGAGAACAAAGACUGGAAAAGUGAUAAACAAAGUGGUGGGAAUGACCAUAAAGAACGGAAAGAGAAAAGGAAGGAUGAAUGGAAAGGUGAAAAGGAAUGGAGAAAGGAAAAGAGUGACGGAAAACACAACGAUAAAAAAUGGAAAGGAGACAAAGAAUUUCCAAAAGAGUAUGAUGAAAAAGAAAUGGAGGAAAAGCAUUGGAGAGGGAAACAAAGAGAGUCAAAAGAUAGAGAAUGGACAAGAGAUGGAAUAAACGAGAAGAAAAAAAAGAAGGCGUACUACCAUAAAAAUGAGGGGAAAAAUAGUCCCAAUGAAAAAGAGAAACAACAAAAGGGGAGACAUGGGCACAGACCACCAGACCAGACCUCCUCCCAUCACCAUUACGACCACGAGAACUACUGGACCAAACAAAGAGAGCGCAUUCAGCACUAUAACGAGCAGCGGGAGACAUGCAGCGGUGUGGCAGACUGCGCUCGAGGCGAGGGACUCUCUCCCGUCGGCCUGCGGGACUUCGAGAACCUUCUCCAGUCCUACCUGAACAAGCUCCAGGAUCAGGACCAGACCUCCAGCAAAGAAGAGCUCCGUAAACUGGUGAAGGAGUUCUUCACGGAUGGAGUGUUCGCUCAUGAUCAGAUGCCGUUCAGGGAGUUCGUGGAAGAUGUGGAAGACAUUUUGGAGGACAUGGCUGAAGGAGAAGAGAGCGAGGGAGAGGAGAGCGAGGAAGACGACGGUGAUGAGAUGGAAGAAUUUGAAAGGGAGGCAAUGGAGAAGUUUGCACUUCCAGAAGAAGUGAAGAAGGUUGAGAGGAAGGGAGAGCAGAAAAAAGAGAGCGGAAGAGUGAAAAGUUGAAGGUUCCUCAUGGUGAUUUAGAGGUGAUUCCAAAAUCUGGAAACAGUCGGGCCUGAUUUUCUGCAUAAUAAUAUGGUGUGGCAUUUUUAAAGAGCUUAUUCAAUUUGAACAAUAUGGCUUUGCUUUUUCUUUUCAUAGAUAAAGUAUUACUGUAAAAGCUAAGUGAUGGUUUCCUUCUUAUAAUAGCUGUUUUUGCUCAUUUUUCAUUCAUAUUUAAAAAUGUUAUACACCAUCAAAUAAAAACUCAUUGAGAGUCGCCUGUUCAGUCAUUUAAAGAACUGGGGUUGGAUUCAUGAAAUGUUCUUAAGAAUAAAAUUCUUAGCUUUUAUUUUCUUCUUAUUUUCUUUUCUAAGAAAUGUAAAGAAUAUUGUGUCUUCGU